GAUCUUGAUGAAGUGGCUGCAAUCAUCCACGGAAGUCCAUCUUCUGUGUCACGGAUUGAUCCUGCCUGCGUCCACAAACGUGAUGGUGAAGAGGUUCUUUUACGACAGGUCGUUUCACUUUUCCGCAAAUGUAUGCCUUAUUUACAGAUGCCUGUUAUUUGCUACAACUUCUACUGCAAGAAUCUUGAUAAAUGCACAUGUAAAGCGUUGCAAAACGUUAUUACAACAGUUACUUUGGAAUGAGUUUUAUUUGGGAGCGUUUGAACCACAAUGGUUGACGAGAAGUUUAGCGACGAGGCCACAAUUUUCAAGGAAUCUUGAUUAAUA